AUGGAAAAUUUAAUUGGAAGCGAUGAGGAUGUUGAAGAGUAUGAAGGGGAUGAUAAAUCUAAAGAGAGUGAUGAAGAGUAUGUAAAGGAUGAAGGUCAUGAUCAUGAUGGGAAACAAUCAGAAAAUGAAGAUAAAGUGGAUGACAUAAUGGAUGAGGAGAACAAUAUAGAAGAUGUUGAUGUGGACAUGGCAGACUUCUUUCUAAAUGUUGAAAGUGAUGUUGAAGGAGCAUGUACUAAUGAUGGUCAUGAACCUGAAGAUAUGGAAGUGAUCAACAAUGAGGAGUUUGAAUUAUUGGAUGAAGGAUCAGACCAAGACAAACAAAGAAGAGCUCUUAUAUAA